AUGCGUCUCGUAGGGCACAUUUAUACUGCCAGAAAAUGGUCUUCUGAGAUCCAAAAUGACGCCGAAUGUCAAUUUCUUGAAGCAGCGCCGACUGACCCGGUUAUGGUGCAAUGUCGGCUAUUGUACUCCAUAGCCUUGUUCUGGCACAGCUUCAAAGCUGAGGCCAAGGACCAGAUGGACCUCGCAGUUCGCUUGGCACUGGACUUGCAAAUGUUCCAACAGGAAUUUGCAGCAACUCAUGGAGACGGCUCCCCGGUGCUGAUGGAAUGUUGGAGACGAACAUGGUGGACGCUGUUUAUCAUCGAUGCUUACUACGCUGGAACUCUUGGGACCAUGAAUUUCGCAGUCGUGGACGUGGAGUCCAGCGUAGAGCUGCCCUGCACAGAGGCUGAGUACGAGUCUGGGGACAUCCCGGAGCCACAGACUCUCGAGGGAUUCGACUGUCGAGAAUUUGCUUCGGAAGAUGAGUCUUUCUCUUCCUUUGCGUACCUCAUAAGUGCUGUAAAAUGUGCGGCCUUGGCUAUAUCUACGACACCGAAAUUAGUUGCCAGAGGAGACUCUAUGCGCAUGAUUGUACAAGCUGACUCAAUCAUCGACGGCUGGUCAUUACUACUGCCAGAAGAUCAUCGCAAUGUCAUGUCCAAAACCGGAGAGGUUGAUGAGCUAAUGUUUCAGGCCCAUCUCUUGGUAAACGUGGCAACCAUCGGUCUACAUCGACCUUUAUCAGACCUGAGAUUCAACCCGGUAGAAGACACCUCAAGCUGCGCCAGGGAGCCUCCCAAAGAAAAUCCCGAAACGGAGCUCGUCAAUGUGCAUACCGUCAGAGUCCUUCGGGCAGUACAAGCACAAGUGAGGCUUUUAGCGCUACCGACUGAAGGAUUCCAUCACAGCCCCUUUACCACGUGUAUGGUCAGUGAAGGGGCCUUGGCGCUGCUAUCGGCCUGUAGCUUUCUGCUCAAGGGGAAAGAGCUCGUUUUUGCGCGAGAUCAGAUCCGGAUGACGAUUGGUUGCCUCAAAACUUUGGGGCAGGUGUGGCCAAGAACAGCAAAGAACGUGCAGGAGAUUCAGACGAUUGCUCAGCAUGUACUGGGUCUCAAGUCCAAGCUGAACAGAGGGAGAGCUGCUUCAAACACUGCCAGAUCUCUGGCAGUGUUUGAAGGAAGCAGUGCGGAGACUUCGGGUUCCCAUUCAUAUUUGUCAAGCAACGAGAGUGAAAUGUUCGCUCCAUUGGGCUCCAUGGAUGAUGUUUGCGGCUGGUAUAACAUGGAAGACCUUGGCCCACAGCUCUCGCAAUGGAUGCAAAAUGACGCAUAG